AUGGAAGGGGAGCUGGGGGGCAGCAACGCCAGCGCGGCCGGUGGGGAAUAUUCCGCGCCGAGCGGCAGUGCUUGGACAGUUGCCUUCCUCGGCUUCAUCGUCCUCUUGACCAUGCUGGGCAACUUCUCCCUCAUUCUGCUGAUCUUCACCCAGCGGGCACUCCGCAACACCUCCAACUACUUCCUGGUGUCUCUCUUCAUGUCCGACCUGAUGGUGGGCUCGGUGGUGAUGCCGCCGGCGCUGCUGAACCAGCACUACGGCCGCUGGGUGCUGGACGGUGCCUUCUGCUCCGUCUGGUUUGCCUUUGACGUGAUGUGCACCAGCGCCUCCAUCCUCAACCUGUGCGUCAUCAGCCUCGACCGCUACCUGCUCAUCAUCUCCCCGCUCAGGUACAAGCUGAGGAUGACGUCCUGCAGGGCUGUGCUGCUCAUCCUGGCCACCUGGACCUUAGCCGCCCUGGUCUCCUUCCUGCCCAUUGAGAUGGGCUGGCACAAGAUGGAGUUCGGCCUGCGUCCCUUCAACGCCACCCUCCAGGCCGAAGAAGAGGGGCAGUGCCGCGUGGCGGUCAGCCUGCCCUACGCCCUCAUCGCCUCGGGUCUGACCUUCUUCCUCCCGUCCGUCGCCAUCCUCUUCACCUACUGCCGCAUCCUGCUCGCUGCUCGGAAGCAGGCGCUGCAGGUGGCCUCUCUUACCAACAACGUGUCCGUCGCAGCCGAGGAACCCACUCAACAGGUAGGGCCAUGUUGCUCCAUGUUUCUAACUGGUUUCUGACAGGCGUCAGGGCUCUGGGCCUGUUCUGAGGCCCAGCUGUUGUCUGUACAGUCAUACCUCAUGUUACGUCCGCUUCAUGUUACAUUCUUUCAGGUUACGUCCCGUGGCGACCCAGAAGUACCGGAAAGGGUUACUUCCGGGUUUCGCUGCUUGCGCAUGCGCAGAAGCGCAAAAUGACAUCAUGCGCAGAAGUGGCGAAUCGCAACCUGCGUAUGCGCAGACGCGCCGCUGCGGGUUGUGCUCUUUUCAUGUUGCGAACGGGCCUCCGGAACGGAUCCUGUUCGCAACCAGAGGUACCACUGUACUUCGGGGUGGGGGUGGGAAUAAAACUCAAGAGAAGGUCACACAGCUGUGCUGUCAGAGGACUCCCCUCCCAGAGUCCUAAGAAGAGCUUGUUGGACCAAGCCAAGGGCCCAUCAAGUUCAGCAUCCUGCAAAUAGGAUUCAAACACAAGAGUAUUAUCUCCCUCUGUGGUUUCCAGAAACUAGAAUCCAGAAGCGUUACUGCCUCUGACUGUGGAUAGCCAUCCACUGACAGCCAUCUCCUCCAUGAAUUUGUCCAAUUCUGUUUUAGGGCAAUCCAAGUUGGUGGCCAUCACUGCCUCCUGUAGCAGGGAGUUCCAUAGGUCAACUCUGUGUCGUGUCAAGAAGUCCUUUCUUUUUAUCACUCCUGAAUCUGCCAACCUUCAGCUUCAUUGGAUAUCCGCAACUUCUAGUGCAAAUGAGAGAAGUAGGAAAACUUUUCUCUGCUCCUGCCAUGAGUAGUUUUAUAAACUUUUAUCAUGUCACCUGAAGCCACAGAUGCUGGAAGUAAGCACCUACUAUUGAUAGGCAAACCUGCCCAUUUCAGUCUUUCUCUGUUCCUUGACUUCCCAAUCUUAAGUUCGCAUUGUAGCAAAAAAUAAUAAAGUUCUUCUGAAAGUUCACAGCUUUUCAGGGCAAUCUCUCCCGACAGACUCAUGACUGUACGCACUUUCCCCUAACGGACACAUUCUUUGCAGAGCGAUCUUCCCUGGCAGAACACACUUUUCCUUAUUAUUUUCACAAAUGGGUGCAUGUUGUGUGCAUGCUUUAACGUGAUAUAUGCAUUUUUUAUAUAUAUUAAACAUUACUUGGGUGGUGAAACAUGUUGCAAAAUUCGGAGAAGUGUGAAUUAUUAUGGAUGGCUGAGUUCCAUUUUGCAGAUUUUAAAACCAAGUGUGAAAUAGACAGAUUCUCCUUUAAAUGUCAACUGAAUUUAAUUUCCCCAGGCCAUUUCCCUCUAUUGCUGCAAGGCCUCCCCUGGUCCCCUGGUGUGGACCUGGGGGACACUCUCCCCCCCCCAGUAGUCUUCUUCACUGCCUCAGGCAAUGCAAUUUCUUAGGCCAGUCAGCCCAGAGCAAGACAGAUUCAUCCAAUCCCCUUAUUGUAUUAUCUGUGCUGAGAGUGAUCAAUCAUCCUGCCAUGGACCCGUCAAAAUGAGCAGCUCAUUGUCUGGGGUUUUUGUCACCUUCCAAUCAGCCACUAUCACACCAUGACAACCAGCAUAACUGGUUCGUUCAAGGGGGCUGGGCCUAAGAAGAGUCUGUCCGUUGCCUCCCUGUAUGAGUUGCCCCUGCAAACCUGAAACCCCAGGAGCUGCUGCCAGUCAGUGUAGACAGUACUGAGCUAGAUGGACCAAGGGUCUGGCUCAGUGGAAGGCCAUUUCCUAUGUUCCUCUGUCCUCCCAACAUCUCACUGUAAGUGGUUUAAAAAGGUAAAGGGACUCCUGAUCAUUAGGUCCAGUCAUGGCUGACUCUGGGGUUGCGGCGCUCAUCUCGCUGUAUUGACCGAGGGAGCCGGCGUACAGCUUCCGGGUCAUGUGGCCAGCAUGACUAAGCCACUUCAGCGAACCAGAGCAGCGCACGGAAAAGCCGUUUACCUUCCCGCCGGAGUGGUACCUAUUUAUCUACUUGCACUUCAUGCUUUCGAGCUGCUAGGUUGGCAGGAGCAGGGACUGAGCAACGGGAGCUCACCCUGCCGCAGGGAUUCGAACCACCGACCUUCUGAUCAGCAAGUCCUAGUCUCUGUGGUUUAACCCACAGCGCCACCCGCGUGCCUCGUAAGUGGUUUACAAUUGUUAAUAUUAAUAUUGUUGUAAACUGCCCUGGGACCUGAGGGUAAAAGCAGGGAAUAAAUUGUAGUCGUCACUCCCCAGUACAGUGGUGCCCCGCAAUACGAAUGCCUCGCAAGACGAAAAACUCGCUAGACGAAAGGGUUUUGCGUUUUUUGAGUCGUUCCGCAAGAUGAAUUUCCCUAUGGGCUUGCUUCGCAAGACGAAACGUCUUGCGAGUUCUUGCGAGUUUGUUUCCUUUUUCUUAAAGCUGCUAAGCCGCUAAGCCGUUAAUAGCCGCUAAGCCGUUAAUAGCCGCUAAGCCGCUAAUAGCCAUGCUUCGCAAGACGAAAAAACCGCAAGACGAAGAGACUCGCGGAACGGAUUAAUUUCGUCUUGCGAGGCACCACUGUAUUUGCCACCUGAGGCAGCCACCCCAAACCACUUAAUGAUAGGACCGGCUUGGUGCUUUGUGUGAUAUCUCCUGCAAGGAAACUAUCUUCCUGCUCAGGAAUCUGCCAAUAUAUGCAGGAACCUGGAACCAGUUUAAGAGCAAGAUUAACCAGAACUUUCUCUUUUUGGCGGCGGCCGUGUUUGGAAUCAGCCGGGCUUCUUCUUCGGAAGUCCUGUCAGAAGACAGGUGAUAACACCACAAAUCUGGUGUGACUUGCUAGUUAACGGCUCAGUUUCCUGCUCGCAGUCGGGUGCUGUGUUUUCCCCAGAUAAGGCCAAUUCCUUUCAUCUGCCUCCUCCUCCAUUUCUCUCCCCGCCGCUGCUUUUGGGUGGCUUUUGUGGGGAAGAGACAAUCUCAUUAUAGAGAGAAUGAAGUGUUCUUCGACUAACUUUGGAACGGUUUUACAACAAAGCUUCUCUCAAAAAUCAGGCUUUUGUGAGGGGUUUAUUUGUCGCUGCUGGUGGUAGAGACACUUCCCCAAGCUUAGAAUCCCACAUCUGCUGCUAAGGAACUCAGAGGACACCUAGACCAACCCCUGGUUCAGUGUAGGAUCUGCAGUUUAGAUGCAAUUCUUGAAGCAUCCAUUGGUUGUUGGUGCCCAUUGGGGCUGGUGGGGAAGAAGGCAAGGAGCCCCACAGGAGGUGGAACCAGAACCAAUGAUUGGCUGAGGCAGAGCUAAUGAACAGCAGAGCCAACUCAUGACAGUUUUUUUAAUAGUAUUUUUUAUUAAUUUUAACAUAUAAAUUAUAAAAUGUACCACAAAACCUAUCACUUAUACAAUCUUUUUAGACUUCCAUCAGCACCUCUGAUGAUCCACCGUUUUAACCACUUCUUAUGCGUUUCUAAACUUUAUAUUGCCUUUACAUCUCUUAUCAAAUCAUCCUCCCCCUUGUCCAUUUUUGCAAUAUUUCUAAUAAUACUCCUCACAAAACUUCUUGCAACCCUACAAACGUCGUCUGUUCUUCACAAUUACUUUUCAAAUAAUCCGUAAAUUAACUCCAGUCUUCCGUGAAUUUCUGGUCUCGCCGGUUUCGAAUCCUUCCUGUUAGUUUAUCUAAUUCUGCAUAGUCCAUUAACUUCAUCCUCCAUUCUUCAAUCAUCGGUAAUUCUUCUUGCUUCCAUUUUUGGGCCAGUAAUAUUCUUGCUGCUGUUAUUGCAUCUAAAGAGAGGUUACAUUCCUUUCUAUUUAUAUCACCCCCCACAAUGCCCAGUAAAAAUGCUUCUGGUUUCUUUAUGAAUGUAUAUUUCAACAUUUUUUUCAACUCAUUAUAUAUCAUCUCCCAGAAGCAUUUCACCUUUUUACAUUCCCACCACAUGUGAUAAAAUGUUCCCUCUUUCUCUUUACAAACUCAUGACAGUUUUUAAUCCCAUCUUCCUCCUCCCUGUUGAGGUCUACAAGGAGCAACACUGAGACCAUGGAGGAGCAAGAUUACAGGCGUGGCCUUUGAAUGAGAACCUCCCCAGCUUAUUAUUUUCUUUUAAUAUUUUAAAAUUGUCAACAGACUAGAGGGCCUUGGCAGAAAGGCAGUCUAGGAAUGCAUGCAUGAAUCAAUCAAUCAAUCAAUUGGUCAAUCAAUUACUCCACACUUCUUGAAAUGGGCGCGCAAACGGAAACCCAGCUGAGAACCUUUGAACAUCAGACACCUCCAAAUUCGGCAGUGCCAUUCUCCAAUCAGAAAUGUGUCUGCCAGCGGUAAAGUUGUGCAUAUUCUUCUGCAACUGACCUACCCUCAUCCCGAAGUGUGAUGUUAGGGGGAAUUGUUUGCACACACAGAAAAUGUCUAGAUCAAGAGAAAUGGACACCAGAUGGAAUUAAAAAUGAAGAACUGAAGCGAUGCAGUAAUGAGGCCGAAUUUCAGUGCAGAAAAUUGAGGAACAGAAAGAAACUGCAAAUGAUUAUGUUCACCAGUUCCUAGCAGUUGAGAAUCUGCCCAAUCCUCUUUUAAAGCCAUCUAGGUUUGUGGCCAUCACAGGGACGCGGGUGGCGCUGUGGGUUAAACCACAGAGCCUAGGACUUGCCGAUCAGAAGGUCGGUGGUUCGAAUCCCUGAGACGGGGUGAGCUCCCGUUGCUCGGUCCCUGCUCCUGCCCACCUAGCAGUUCGAAAGCACGUCAAAGUGCAAAUAGAUAAUUAGGUACCGCUCUGGCGGGAAGGUAAACGGCGUUUCCGUGCGCUGCUCUGGUUCGCCAGAAGCGGCUUUGUCAUGCUGGCCACAUGACCCGGAAGCUGUACGCCGGCUCCCUCGGCCAGUAAAGCGAGAUGAGCGCCACAACCCCAGAGUCGGCCACAACUGGACCUAAUGGUCAGGGGUCCCUUUACCUUUACUAGGUUUGUGGCCAUCACUGCCUCCUGUGGGAGAGAGUUCCACAGGCUAACACCGCGCUGGGUGAAAAAGGGCUUUUAAAAAUCCUUCCUGAAUCAUCCAACAUUCAGCUUCCACCAGUUUGCAGUGUUACAAGGCAGAAGAAUUGUUCUCCACCCACUUUCUCCAUGUCAUGUGGAAUUUUAUAAAGGUCUACCAUGCAGGCUCUCACUCGCCUUUCCUCUAAACUGAAAAGUCCCAAACACUGCAACUUUUUAUAGAAUCGUAGAAUUGGAACGGACCCUGAGGAUCAUCUAGUCCAACCACCCCUGCAAUGCCAGAAUCUCAGCUAAAGCAUCCACGACAGAUGGCCAGCCAACCUCUACCUAAAAACCACCAAGGAAAGCGAGUCCACCACUUUCCGAGGGCGUGCGUUCCACUGUCUUCAUAGGGGAGUCGCUUCACCCCCUGAUCAUUCUGCUUGCCCUUUACGUGACGCACAGUAAUUCCUCCUAAUAUAUUUAUAUAAGCAGAUAGGAAACACAGGAAGUUGCUUUAUUCUGAGUCAGGACACCUGGUCCACCUAGGUCAGCACUGCCUCCACUGACUGCCAGGAUCUCUCCUGGGUUUCAGACAGGAGUCUGUUCAAGUCCUACCUGCAGAUGCCAGGGAUUCAACUUGGGAUGCUCUGCAAGCGAAUCGAGGAAUGCACAUUUCUGUUUUGUUUAAUAAUAAUAAUAAUAAUAAUAAUAAUAAUAAUAAUAAUAUAUUUAUAUCCCACCCUCCCCAGCCGAAGCCGGGCUCAGGGCGGCUAACAACAAUAAAAUAAUACAACAUUCUAAAAUCAUUUCAUUAUAAAAUUAAUUCAAAUCAAAUUGAUGGCAACCAUUGGGCUAGAGUUCUGUGAAGAUUGCCAAAGGAGGGAGUCAGGCUGUGCCCUGGCCAAAGGCUUUGUGGAACAGCUCUGUCUUUCAGGACCUGUGGAAAGAUGUCAAGUCCCGCAGGGCCCUAGUCUCUUGUGAUGGAGCGUUCCACCAGAUUGGAGCCACAGCCAAAAAAGCCCUGGUUCUGGUUGAGGCCAACCUAACCUCUCUGUGGUCUGGGACCUCCAAGAGGUUUUAGUUUGAAGAUCGUAAGUUCCUCUCUGGGACAUACCAGGAGAGGCGGUCCCGUAGGUACGAGGGUCCUAGGCCGUAUAGUGCUUUAAAGGUUAAAACCAGCACCUUAAACCUGAUCCUGUACCCCACCGGGAGCCAGUGCAGCUGGUAUAGCACAGGGUGAAUGUGAUCUCGCAGCGAGGACCCCGUAAAGAGUUUGGGGAGAGAAAUCUCACCCUUUUCUCACGCUCUCUUUGUCUCUGACUCUUUUGUUCUCUCCUGAAGAAGAUAGCUGAAGCCUCCGAAACGAAAACAGUGGAGGAGGAGGAAAUCUGUCAGGCUCAUUGUCGGAGAAUAUUGAGGAGCUGCUGCUCAUCAUGUAAAGUGGGGCGGGGAGCAGGGAGAAGCUACUCCGGUCCCCUCCGCAACCCGGUGCCAUGUGUGAGUGGGCAGCAAGCAGCCGCUGCACAGGGAAGAAAGAGAGCAGGCAAGGGACAUGGAGCAGUGACUCCAAAAGCUUGUUUCCUACGCUCCAACUGUCCCUUUUUACCAAGGGCAACGGCUGCGCACAGCACGUGCCUUUUAUAAAAUGGAGAUGACACAAAAGGAGGAGGCAGGAAUGAAGCCCAAAGGUUACUAGUCCUCAUGAUUUCUGAACGGAACCUCCAGGGUCAGAGGCAGCCCACCUCUCUGGGGCUCAUCAUUGGGGCAUAUUGUUGGCCUCUGUGGGGACAGGGUGCUGGAUUAGAUGGGCUUUUGACAUGAUCCAUUAUUUUAUUUUAUUAGAAAAAAUAUUUUUAAGUAAUAAUUGCUGUCCUUCUGCCAGCAGAUGAAGAUGGUUUUAUUCCAAAAGGACUUUUAAUAAUGCUGUUCUGUCUUUAUCACCUGUAUUUUAAAAUUCGCUUUUUACGUUGUUUUAGUUCGAUUAGAAUUCAAUUACCGUAUUUUUUGCCCCAUAAGGCGCACCUAGGUUUUUUUUUGGGGGGGGGGUAAAGAAAAAAAAAUUAUUUCCCCCCCUGGCGCGGGGCUGGGGCGGGGGAAGCCCGAGCUUCCCCCGACCCCAGCUCCCAGAACAGGCUGCCAUCCGCAAGCCUAGGGAGCCCGGCGGGAAGUCGCGCCGGUCUCCCAAGGAUUGCGGAGAGCUGCCCGAAGCCUGGAGAGCGAGAGGGGUCGGUGCGCACCGACCCCUCUCGCUCUCCAAGCUUCAGCGAAAGCCUGCAUCACCCCAUAGGACGCACACACAUUUCCCCUUCAUUUUUGGAGGGGGAAAAGUGCGUCCUAUAGGGCGAAAAAUACGGUACUUUUUAACGAUCGCUUUUUAUUACGUUUCAGCUUUUUGCAUUUUAUUUGUGUCGGUUCGAUUUGUGUGUAAGCUGCCUUCUGGGGGAAGAGGCGGAAUAUUAAUAUUAAUAUUAAGUAUAGUUAUGAUACAUUGCCUGCCUUUCAUCUUAAGGUCCCAGGGUCAGUUGCGACAAUUACAAUCAAACAAUUAAAAUGCAACCUUAAAAAGAUUUUAGAACAACUUUUCAUUAGGGCGUACGAUUGUCUGUCACGAGCGCAGGAUGCUGGACUGAUCCAACAGAACUCUGCUUUCGUUUAUACUGCCCUUAAGUAGAUUCAGCUGAUGGGCAGGAAAUAAAUUCGAGGGACAACGAACAAUGCAACAUGCAGAGACACACCAAGCAAUUCCAGACUUAAUGGCUCACAGGUGAACAUGGCAGCUGCUCCUAUCAGAAAGCAUCACAUCUGCGGCGGAGUCUGAACCAUUGAACGUGUUACUUAUUUCUUUGUUGUAUUUAUACUUGCCCUUCCUCCCUAAGAAGCCCAGGCAGGCAGAAUAAGAUGCACAAACCAAAACAUUUCAGAAUAGAUCAAAACCCUCUAAAAACCAACGAUGGUUGAAAACAUCCACAGGCAAGAGGUUGCCUCUUAUGCUAUGCUGAAAGAGACUUGGUGUUAGUUGGACAGCACUGAAGUGCACAGUCUGGUGAUUUCUUUAACUGUGGCAUGCUAAAGCUGCAAUGGGACGCGGGUGGCGCUAUGGGUUAAACCACAGAGCCUAGGACUUGCCGAUCAGAAGGUCGGCGGUUCGAAUCCCCGCGACGGGGUGAGCUCCCGUUGCUCGGUCCCUGCUCCUGCCCACCUAGCAGUUCGAGAGCACGUCAAAGUGCAAGUAGAUAAAUAGGUACCACUCUGGCGGGAAGGUAAACGGCGUUUCCGUGCACUGCUCUGGUUGGCCAGAAGCGGCUUAGUCAUGCUGGCCACAUGACCCAGAAGCCAUACGCCGGCUCCCUCGGCCAAUAAAGCGAGAUGAGCGCCGCAACCCCAGAGUCGGCCACGACUGGACCUAAUGGUCAGGGGUCCCUUUACCUUUACCUUUAAAGCUGCAAUGCUCUGGUUGAAAAAAACCACAAUGCCCAUUUGGGAGGGAGCCCUGCAUUUGAAAGGGGGCAGGGGAGAAUGCCCAGAUUAAUCCGCACCUCUCUGGAAAUUAAUCUUCACAAGGAUGUAAAUAAGUAAAACUUGCUAGCCAGCUCAGCCCAGCCAGCUCCAGACCUCCAGUAUCCUGCUCUGCUCAUGCUUGCCAUGUUGGGAAAAUUUAAUUAACCCCAUUGCCAAGUUCAAUAAGCACUCCAACUAGUGGGAAAUCGGACAUGUCAGCAGGGCAUAUUUUUUUUAUGGGGAGGUGAAGAUUGGCAAACCCUGCGAUGAAUAACAUAAUCUUUCUCCCGGCAUUUGAGGAGGGUGGGGAUCAGAUGUAUCAGUAAGAUGAAAAGCAGCCUCCCAGGCGCCACACUUUUCUAAUGCCACCCUCUGACAAAUGACUAAUGUUCUAGGCAAGCGAGAUUUAAUUUGCCAAGACCAUUUAGUCACUAGCGUGCUUGUUAAGGGGAAAUGGAGCUGUUCCCAGGGCUGUCUCUCUCUCUCUCACUCCCUCCUUCUCUGUGUGUGCUGCAGUUCAGCAGAUGUGCAAGAGCCAGCUCUGGGAGCAAGGAUCCAGCUUCCCAAGAAUGCCGGCUUGAAAUAAUAAAACACAUGUCAAGGUUCUGGUCCUUACAGGUGCAGAACCUAGCUUCUCAGCUUUCUUUUAUCUUCCCCAUUUUCCUUUAAGUUCCUUCUCCUCAUAGCUUUCCUUCCCUCCCCUCAAAAAUAAGAGGCAACAGGCUGCAGACAGCUUUCAUUCUCCAGCAACCUCAUCUAUUGACCCCUUGUGCCCUACAGGAGAAUGACAGGCCUAAUUACCUUUAAAUGUUUUGGAGGCGGAAACUUCAAAAACUCGCCAUGUCAGGGCCAGACAGGUUCUCGGCUUAGAAAUGCUUUUAAGAGAAAGAAGCAGGGGGAUCUGGAAUCUGGUGUUCCAAUUUAUCCAUAGGGGAUGAGGAGGGAACGACUUGAAUUAUUUCCCUUUUGGACAGUGGUCAAUAAUAGCCGGAUACCUGCAGCUUUUACUGCAUUGCCAUAAUUAGCGCAAUUCCGCCCCCCUUCAUUUAAGUAAUUGACUCGGCACCUUUGGUAAACAACCUAAUUGCUAUGUUCCUCAAUAAGUAGCUAAUCUCAACUCCAACACCCCAUAAUUGCCCACCCCAUUUAUUGCAAACAAACACAAGCUAAAAGGGUCACAAUGAUGUUUUGCAACUUACAAAGCCGUCAUCAAACUUACAAAGCCAUCAUCAACCCUUCCAUUUGGAAUAAUUGAAAGAACCAGGAGAAUUGUGCAGGAAAGGACAGCGAGUGUUGAAAACUACGAUCGGAGUUGUUUUAAUCCAUCCUGUUAAAUUGCCUCAAUGCGACACUCUCUUGCUGGUGGUUAGCUCAAAGGGUCCAAGUCAACCUAAUGUUGGAUUCCAGCUUCCAUCAGCCCCAGCCAGGGAUGACCAAUGGCCAGGGAUGAUGAGGACCGAAAACCCACAACACCUGGAGGCUCACAGGUUGCCCACACCUACAUGAAGUCGAAGGCAGGUGGAGGUAGGUGGGAGCAGCAAAAGCAAAUGAUGGUUUAGUUCACCAAUGGGCGACCAUUGCUCUUCCAGAUACUGUUAUCGACUCCAGUUCCCAUCAGCCCCAGACACCAUGGGCAACAGUCAUGGAUGAUGAGAACUGUAGUUCAGCAACAUCUGGAGGAGCACCAAUAGAGGAAGACAGCCCUAGUGCUGGAAUGUGGACAGAAGAGAGUGACCAAGAUGAUCAAGAGCCUGGAAAUAAGCCUGAUGAGGAACAGUUGAGGGAGCUGAGUAUGUUUGCCUGGAAAAGAGAAGACUGAGAGGUGAUUGGAGGGUUGUCAUGUGGAGGAUGGAGCAAUCUUGUUUCCCCUUGCUCUGGAGGGUAGGACCUGAACCAAUGGAUUCAAGUUACAAGUAAGGAGAUUCUGACUAAACAUCAUGAAGAUCUUUCUGAGGGUUGAAGCUGUACGAACGUGGAACAGACUCCCACAAGAGCUUUUUCCUUGGAGGUUUUUAAGCAGAGGUUGGAUGACUAUCUGUCAUGGAUGCUUUAGUUGAUAUCCCUGCACUGCAGCAGAUUGGACUAGAAGACCUAACUCUACAAUUCUACGAUUCUCUGUUUGCGAAUGCUGUUAUAGGUCACUGGCAGCAAUAGACAACAUCUUUGCUGCAGGGAUAAAAGAGGGACUUCACUUCCCCUCUGCUUCCCAGGACAGGGAAAGAGAAAAGGGAGAUGGGUCCUUCACCUCUGCCUGCCAUCAUUCACUAGUCUAGUCCUCAAGACCACGAGGAAACUCUUGGUUGGUCUCUUCUUGAUAGCAAUGGAGGCAUUUCAGCACCACGGACAGUGGCCACUGCACCAUCAACAGGUUGACUGGCAAAUCCUUUUAGCCUCAGCCUGUUACAGGGUUUUGAGAUGGUUAAUGAUCUCCCUUUAACAAAGCUUUUAAAAUACCCUGCAUCUUACUCAAACCUCUAAGAGUCUAGUUCAGAUGGUGAAGUCAGAGAUCCCUAUAAUUUAAGCCACUGGAAGGCUACCACCCCAUGGUGGAAGGAAACGAUACCUUUAAGGUGACAGCAGCAAAAAAAUAAACCCCCAACAGUUAUAAUCCUAAAUGGUGCUGCUGCCCUUAGUUCUCAGUUUAUAAACAUGCUCUCACAGAGGAAAACUGAAUGCCCACUAAUCAAGCUUUCGUUGGUUUGUUUAGCAACUAAAGCUCAUGCCUCUUCAUAAGUAAACCUCUUCCCAUAUGCAGAUUCUGCCCUGGGAAAAUCGGAACCCAGCUCUUGGAUCUCCUUCCAGAAAUGAAAAAAAACCUUUGCACAUCAUUUGCAACACCCACCUAGUGUAUGACUGGCUGCUUUGCGCCAGGCAGUGAAUCACAAUGCAGGUUUGAGAUUCCUGGCCUGCCUUGUGAUGUGGACUCAAGCUCAGAGCAGGAGACACUAAGGAACGUACAUAACAGGACCAUUAUGCUAUGUUCUAGAGCUAAGUCCACAGGAAAUGCCAACAUUCACUUACUGCCAGGAGUUUUCCAGAUGCCAUAGUCUAUACUGACUAAGCAAGGGUCACUACAGCAAACCCCUGCAAGCCUCUACACACUGAGGAUGGCAGAAUCUCCGUUCAAACGGCCACACACUUUGUUGCUGGGCAACAGCUCUUGGUGACAUGGAAUGGACGGCCACCGUGCCAAGAUUCUAGGAGAGACAGUGUGUCAUAGUAGACUUGGACCUGGGAAAGCAGGGUUAAAAGCCCCACUCAGCCAGGAGACUCCCUGGAUGACCUUGGGCUAGUCACUCACUUUCAGCCUAACUGGCCUCACCAGAUUCUUGUGAGGAGAAGACAGGGAGGAGAAAUAUGGACCUUACCUUGAGAGAAAGACAGGAUAUACAUGCCAUAAACAGAUCCAUAAACCACCAGUUGUGAAAAGCUGACCCAUACCAGCUGCACAGUAUUUCUUCCACAGGAUUUUGCACUUGAUAGUCCCCUAUGCUAGACUGAGAAUAUCUCUUCCAACUUGCCUGCAUUUAGACACAGCCACAAGAUUGAGAGUGAAGUCAAUUUGGGUUCAAGCACGACCCGAGGCUUAAUGGCUUUACUGAGGCCUCGGGAACAGACUGGGGAAACAGGGAAAUGGUCUGAUUUGUAUAAACCUCAACCAGCCCCUGGCAACACCCACCUAGUGCAAGACUGGCUGCAUUGUGAUGUGGACUGAAGCUCAGAGGAGACACUAAGGAACAAGCAAGACCCAAGGCUUAAUGGCUUUACUGAGGCCUCAGGAACAGACUGGGGAAACAGGGGAAAGGGUCUCCUCUGCAACAAAUAAUUUCGAUUUCCUCUUACAAGCAGACUGCCAGAGUGCAAUAGCAACAAGAUAAAAGAAAGUACUUCUCCACACAAGCAUGUAGUUAAGCUAUGGAACUCACACCUGCAGGAGGCAGCGACGACCACUAACUUGGUUGCAUUGAAAAGGGGAGUGAACAACUUCUUGGACUCUUGUCAAUGACAGAGGGUGUGUGUGUGUGUGUUUUUUCAUUACAUUCUGUAUUCACGAAGUAAAGUAUGAUUGUUCUGGACCAUGGAGAUGAAGAAACACAUCCCUAAAUUGUGCCUCUAGGCACACUAAAAUAAAAACGUUAAUUUGCAAAACAAAAUAAUAUGGAGGAAACAAGUCCUUGGGGUGUUUUUGCAUGCUGGAUCUCUCCCCCCCCCCCAAAUCAGGGUUUAUUUAAUUUAGAGAUGAUGCAGUGACAACAAUUGACUGCUGGGAGAAAGAGAGAGCCUAUGAUUUGCCAACUGAAAUAUUCAAGGCUUGGAAAAAGAGAAAGAAAUCUAAUUAAGAAGCCUCUGUAAUCAAUAGCAAAAAUCUUGUACCGUAUGGCUGAGCUGAAAGGUAUGAUGGAUUAAUUAGAUUUCAUGAGCCUGGAUUCCUUUCUAUUGAGGGUAGAGGGAACAAUGGAAUUGUACAGUAGGAAGGGACCCAAAGAGUCAUCUACUAGUCUAUACCCCAACAAUGCAGGAAUCACUGCUCAAGAAUCCUUGACAGAUGACUAUCAAAUAGCACUGCUUAGUGGGAAGAGACUCCAAUGAAAAUCCUCGUUCUUACAUAUUUUUACAUGACUGUUUAUCUGUAUAUAUUUUAAAAUUUUAUAUAUGGAUGUUUUAUGAUGGCCUAUAUCUGUAUUCAUAUAUAUGGAUGUUUUAUGAUGGCCUAUAUCUGUAAUAAGGGACACGGGUGGUGCUGUGGGUUAAACCACAGAGCCUAGUACUUGCCCAUCAGAAGGUUGGUGGUUCGAAUCCCCACGACGGAGUGAGCUCCCGUUGCUCGCUCCCCGCUCCUGCCAACCUAGCAGUUCGAAAGCACGUCAAAGUGCAAGUAGAUAAAUAGGUACCGCUCCGGCGGGAAGGUAAACGGCGUUUCCGUGCGCUGCUCUGGUUCGCUAGAAGCGGCUUAGUCAGGCUGGCCACAUGACCCGGAAGCUGUAUGCCGGCUCCCUCAGCCAAUAAUGCGAGAUGAGUGCUGCAACCCCAGAGUCGUCCGCGACUGGACCUAAUGGUCAGGGGUCCCUUUACUUUUAUAUCUGUAAUGCCCGAUAAAGGUUUGGCAAAGUAAGACCAUCAAAUCACCUCUCAGUCUCCUCUUCUCUUGACUAAACAUACCCACUUCCCUCAACCAUUCCUCACAAGGCAUGGUUUCCAGACCCUUUAUCAUCUUGGCCACCCUCCUCGACACACAUUCCAGCUUGUCAAUACUGUAUCCUUCUUAAAUUGUGGUACAGUCAAACCUCGGUUGUUGAACAUAAUCCGUUCCGUUCAGCUGCUGAAACAUUCGACAACCGAGGCGCGGCUUCCGAUUGGUUACAGGAGCUUCCUGCACUCAAGCAGAAGCAGCGUCGGACGUUCGGCUUCCAAAAAACAUUCGAAAACUGGAGCAUUUACUUUCGGGUUUGGGGCAUUCGGGAGCCGAAACGUUUCAAAACGGAGCCAUUCGGGAACCAAGGUUUGACUGUACCCAGAACUGGUACCACUAGGCCAGUGUUUCCCAACCUUGGGCCUCCAGCUGUUUUUGGACUACAACUCCCAUCAUCCCUAGCUAGCAAGACCAGUGGUCAGGGAUGAUGGGAAUUGUAGUUCAAAAACAGCUGGAGGUCCAAGGUUGGGAAACACUGCACUAGGCAACCAAGGAUUGCAUUAGCCUUUUUUGAUGCUGCAUCACACUGUCGACUCAAAUAUAGCUUUUGAGCAGUGGAGCCGUGCUUCUAAUCUGAUCAGGAACGAGGAGCACAUUUGUGCAUGUGUGCCUCUCUCUCCCUCAUGCGCCACCUUGCCUUUUCCCUUCAUAGGUCCACAGAGUUCACAGCCAAUCGGCUGCCAUGAGCGACACCCGAAGAUUCGCCAACAAGCACAGCAAGAGAGCCCUGAAGGCCAGCCUAACUUUGGGCGUCCUUUUGGGGAUGUUUUUCGUGGCCUGGCUCCCCUUUUUCGUCUGUAACGUGGCCCAGGUAAGUCCUGGGGUCCAGGAAAUCGGCUCAGCUCUAUAGAACCAUGUCUGGUGGUGGAAUCGCUUUCCAUGGGCUUGUAUUCAGCUCUAUGAUUCAGUGUGGUGUAGUGAUUAGUGUGUUGGGCUAGGACAAUCUACAAAAAAAGAAGUGGGUUUGACUCAGUAUGGUCUCGAUUUUUAUCGUUUCGUUAACAAUAGUACAGUUAUCUCCCUUCUGUCUCAGCCACAGUGACCACAAUGGAGAAAUUCCCUUAGCGCUUUAGAUUGACGUACACCCCGUGGGUGGGAGAUGUAUGCGGAAUGCAAAAGGUUAUCCAAAAAGGCUGUUUCGAUGCCUUGCAGAUGACUGCAUGCAAGACUUAACACCUGCAAGGGAAUUUGCUCUUGGGAGACUGCACUUUAUGCCUGGCGAUGUUUUGCAGGAAAAGAAAAGGAAGUUCCUGUAACAUUAACCCUGCGUGUUCUUCCUUCCCUCCAGGCAGUCUGCAAGUGCGUGUCGGAGGACUUCUUUGACACCCUAACCUGGCUGGGCUAUUGCAACAGCACCAUGAACCCAAUCAUCUACCCGCUCUUCAUGCGGGACUUCAAGAGGGCCAUGGCAAAGUACCUGCCCUGCUGCCGGGGGGCUUGGGACCGCCGCCCCAGCCCCAUCUCGCUCUCCAUGAGGAACUCAAACAGCGGCCCCCGGCCCGGCACGUCCCUCAAGAACGUUCUGGCGCUCCCGGGGGACACGGACUCGGCCGACUCCGUCACCCAAGUCCAUGACGACUGCGGUCAGCGUCUGGGGUCCCUCCCAGCCACAGGGGCCGAUUCGGUGACGCUUUUCAACCUGGAGCAAGCCACGGAGCAGGAGCUCCGUAUCCAGCAUCUGAACACCCCCAUGGACUGA